CUUGUGACAAUUUCUGUUCAUUUUCUGUGGAUUGGUUUUGUGAAAUAAAAAUAUGUGAAAAUUGAAACUAGGCACUACAAGAAGUAAAAAUUGAUUUACGUGUAAAUGAAUUGCGUUAAAACAAUUAUUAAGGAAUAUUUGAAAGUAUUAAAGAAGUGAUUAAUAUAUGUUUAAUUGAAUAUAAAAAUAACAAUUUAGCGUCAUGGCUCAUUGAGUAUAAAGUAAAAAUCACUGAGGCCUAAAGAUGGCUGAAGUGGACCCUGAAACACUACUGGAGUGGCUGCUCACUGGGCAAGGAGAUGAGCGGGAUAUGCAGCUUAUUGCUCUUGAGCAACUAUGUAUGCUGUUGCUCAUGUCUGAUAAUGUAGAUAGAUGCUUUGAAAGUUGUCCACCAAGAACAUUUUUGCCUGCAUUGUGUAAAAUAUUUCUCGAUGAGUGUGCUCCAGAUAAUGUGUUGGAAGUAACGGCGAGAGCGAUUACAUACUAUCUGGAUGUUUCAGCUGAAUGUACAAGGAGAAUAGUCGCAAUUGAGGGUGCAGUUAAAGCUAUAUGUAGUAGAUUACUCACAGUUGACCCAAAUAAUAGAACUAGCAAAGAUUUAGCUGAACAAUGUAUUAAAGUAUUAGAGUUAGUAUGUACUCGUGAAGCUGGAGCCGUGUGGGAGGGAGGUGGAUUGCCAUCUGUAUUACACUUCAUAACCCACCAUGGAACAUCUGUACAUAAGGACACUCUUCAUUCUGCUAUGGCAGUUGUGUCCAGAGUAUGUGGUAAAAUGGAGCCAGGCGAUGCUCGAGUGGGGGAUGCGGUAUCGUCACUGUCGACUCUGUUGCGACACAACGACGCGCGUGUAGCAGACGCUGCGCUGCGCUGCUUCGCUUCUCUCGCUGACCGCUUUGCGCGCGCACACGCCGACCCCGCGCCACUAGCUGAACAUGGACUUAUUGAAGAGCUAGUACGUAGAUUAGGGUCCACGGAAAGUUCUGAUGAGAAGUGCCUAAUGCCUUCGGUGUCUACCACCGUCAGUUUAUUGUCAACUCUCUGCAGAGGCUCAGCACAGAUCACACACGAUUUAGUCCGUCUGGACUUAUGUUCAGCUAUCGAAGCUGCUGUGCAAGCGGAUGAGCGUUGGUGCCUGGAGUGCAUGCGACUUGUAGACUUGCUGCUCGUCCUACUUUGUGAAGGACGACAUGCCAUACAGAUUGGUACGAGUCGUAACGGAGCGGCGUCCAGCUCGAGCGGUGAAGGCUCGAGCGGCUCGUCGUCCACGCCGCCGGCGGGCAGUCGGGACAAGUCGCACCGGCAGCUCAUCGACUGCAUACGGGGCAAGGACACGGACGCGCUCAUAUCGGCCGUCACCAGCGGCGCCGUGGACGUCAACUUCACCGACGACGUCGGCCAGACGCUCCUCAACUGGGCCGCCGCCUUCGGUACCCGGGAGAUGGUCGAGUUUCUAUGCGAAAAAGGCGCCGAUGUAAAUCGUGGUCAACGCAGUUCGUCACUGCAUUAUGCAGCUUGUUUUGGGAGACCCGCUAUUGCAAAAGUGCUACUUCGUUACGGAGCCAAUGCCGACCUCCGCGAUGAGGAUGGCAAGACACCAUUGGAUAAAGCUAGAGAGAGACACGAUCAAGGUCACAGGGAAGUGGCAGCAAUAUUACAAUGUCCAGGGGAGUGGCUAGUCGUCAGCAAUCAAGACUCACCAGUAUCGAGCAAUGACGAAGAUUUUCCAGACACCGGCGACAAGGAGAUGGCGGCUAUCUACUUAGAACGUCUGGUGCCGGUGUUCUGCGCGCGAUACAUCGGCGCGGGCGGCGCGGGCGUGCGGCGCGCGUGCCUGUCGCUGGUGCGCAAGAUGGUGCACUAUGCGCCUGCGUCGCGCCUGCGCGCGCUGUCCGCGCCGCGCGCCGCCGCGCUGCUCACGCGCCUCGUGGCGCAGGUGCUCGACACGCAGGGCACGGACGAGGGCGCUCCGCGGCGUCCGGCGGCGCGCGUGCUGCGCAGCCGCUAUAUCCGUCCACCCGCGGACGAUGACGAUGGACACUUGACAGUACUGGGAAUCGCAGAGGAGCUGAUGGUGAAAGCGGCAGAUAUUUAUUUGGAACAAUUCGCGCGGCUCGGCGUGUUUAGUAAAGUGGAAGCUUUAGCGGUCUCGCCGAACGAGCAACUCUCGGCAGAUGGGGAGACUGUCAUAACCACAGGUCCCGGCGAGGACGCCACGAGCUUGUGCUCCGGCUGCGCGUACUGGUGGGGCGACUGGUCGCUGUGCCGCGGCCGAGACGCGCUCUACGUGUGGAGCGACGCCGCCGCGCUCGAGCUCAGCACCGGCUCCAACGGCUGGUUCCGCUUCCUGCUCGACGGGAAGCUCGCCACCAUGUACUCCAGCGGCAGUCCCGAGCACCAGACCGAUAACACGGUAAUUUCGAAAUUAUUUGCAGAAAAUCGUGGCGAAUUUAUCGAUAAACUCCAAAGAGCGAGAGCGUCAGUUAAGAAUUGUGUGCCUCAAAGUAUUCUUUCAAAACCGGGCCCGCAUAAACUGAUCCUUGGCAACUGGGUAAUCUUGUGUAAAAAGGAAAAAGAGCUUCACAUACACAACACUGAUGGACAACAACAGACUACGAUAUUGCGAGAAGAUUUGCCAGGAUUCAUCUUCGAAUCCAACAGAGGCACGAAGCACUCAUUCACUGCCGAAACAUUUUUAGGCCCCGAGUUGGCUAGCGGGUGGGCAGACCGCAGGCAGGCGGCGCCGAGUAACGGCAACGCCACCCAGAGCCGCAGCCGCCUGUCCGCGAAGACCGAGGCGCAGAAGGCGCAGGUGGGCGAGCGCGCGCGGGCGCUGUACUCGCGCCACCUGGCCAGCGCGGCCGGCCGCCAGCCGCGGGCGCCCGUCGCGCGGCUGCGGGCGCUGCUAGCGCGUCUGCAGCGCCUCGCCAUACAGCCCGCGGGCGAAUGGCACGGAGAGCUCAGAGAAUCGCUAGAUCAAUUGACGGAGCUACUAUGCCGCGAAGAAUUACUAUCAGCUUACGAGCUACAGUCUUCCGGCCUCGCCCCAGCUUUACUUCAUGUUUUAUCGCCUCAGCCGAACGACAAACCGGGCCAACUGUCGGAGCGGGAGCGGAUCGUGCGGUCGUGGGUGUGGUCGGGCGCGGACGGCGAGGGUGAGGGGGCGGAGGGCGAGGCCGAGCGCGAGGCUGGCGGUGCAGUGGGCGCGGCGCUGGUGGCGCGAUUGGUGUCAGUGCUGGAGAGCGUGGAGCGGCUGCCCGUGCUCACGCCCGCAUCCGACGCGCCGCCGCACCAGCCCGCCGCGCUGCACCACCUCACCAAGCGGAUUCGGCUCCGAGUUGAACGCGCCAGCGAUGAAACUUCAGAGGAAUCCGUGAUAAACAAUAACGCCGGACGAAAUCUGAAGGUUGAGGCUCUAACGACGGUGCGACAACUCGAGAAGUUCCUCGCUAAAUCUGUCGCUCGGCAGUGGUACGAUAUGGAGCGGUCGACGUUUCAUUUCGUUCAGAAGAUUAAGUCGGAAGCUCCCAUUAACUUUACAUAUGAUCAUGAUUUUGAUGAAAAUGGCGUUCUAUACUUCAUCGGUAGUAACGGCGGUACAUGCGAAUGGGUUAAUCCAGGUGCGCAUGGGCUUGUAAGUGUGUGGUCAUCGGAUGGUCGUCAAUUACCAUACGGCCGCGCUGAAGACGCUCUGUCUCGAUCUCCGGAACCUUUAAAUGUUCAUACUAAUGAUGAUAGACGGGCUUUCAUAGCAGUCGAUCUUGGACUUCAUAUUGUUCCAUCUGCGUAUACGCUUCGACAUUCUCGUGGAUAUGGUCGCUCCGCUCUGAGGAAUUGGUUAUUUCAAAUGUCGAUGGACGGGGUGAGUUGGAGUACGCUGGUGGCGCACAGCGAUGAGCAGGCGCUGCAGGAGCCCGGCAGCACGGCCACGUGGCGCGUGCGAGCCGACGCGCCCUAUCGCUACCUACGGGUGCAGCAGAACGGAAAGAACGCUAGCGGGCAGAGCCACUACCUUUCGCUCUCGGGCCUCGAGAUAUACGGAAAGGUGGUGAGCGUGGUGGAAUCUUCCCCUCGGCAAAUGGGCGGCACGGGCGCCACGGCCAGUGCGGGCUCCGGCUGCGGGGCGCGGGCGCGGCGCUGGUCGCGCGGCGCGCGGGGCCUGUGCGCCGGCGCGCGCGUCAUGCGCGGGCCCGACUGGAAGUGGCGCGACCAGGACGGCUCGCAUCCCGCCAUGGGAACCGUCACGUCGGAUCUGCACAAUGGAUGGGUGGAUGUGAGGUGGGACCACGGCGGGCGAAAUUCCUACCGCAUGGGUGCCGAGGGCAAGUUCGACUUGAAGGUGGUGAGCGGUGGGUCGAGUGCGGGCGGCGCGGGCGAGGGCGCGCGCAGCUCGCGCAAGAGUCACUCCACGCCGAGUCUGCCCGACGCCACAGCUACGGAUCAACAGGUGUCGGUGGCGUCCACUGAGCAGGCGUCGUCAGCGGAUAACAUAUCGGAGGAGGUUGGCGGCAACAUGGCGCGGCCGCGCACGCACGCCACAGACCUGUCCGCUAUCAACACGUCCACGCACCACAUUAACACCGAUUUAGCGACGAUCGUAGAAUCGCUCACAUUGGGAGCAGAGGGUAACAACUGCAUGGCAGAUUUAGGAAAUACAUCAUUUACAAACAUGGAAAUGGGACCUACGAGUAUUACGGACAUUACCAAACCUUAUCCAGCCAAAGAACCGCUACCAGACUCUGCUCCUCAAGAGUCCGGGUCGCAAAGUCGCUCGGACGGGGUCAGUAAAGUGGGACGUGUCGUGUGCAAGGAGAGCGAGGCGCGCUGCUGCGACGGCGACGCAAUGCGAAAUAGCGCCAACGCGCUGCUGUCCAGCGAGCUGCUGGCGCUGCCCGCCCUGCCGCCCGGCCUGCUGCACACGCUGCGCAACAACGCCAACCGGCUGCACAUACAGUGUGAAGAGAACGAGAGCAGUGAGGGUCAGUUUGUCGAGCACAAGAAAGACGCCCAGGCUUCCGGCGCCAUGAGUGCAAGCGAACCCGAUCUAACGCAACAGUCAUUGGCCUGUGCACGUGUGCGCUAUGUGCAGGGCGCGGUGCGGCUGCUGGAGUCGCUGGGCGUGGGGCGGGGCGCGGGCGCGGGGCGCGGGGCGGCGCAGCGCGUGGCGCGCUCCAACCACUCCGCCGGACUCUUCCCGAGCUUGGUGCGACUCGCGCUAUCCAGUAAUUUCCCGGGUGGGCUGUUAUCGGCGGCGCAGAGCUAUCCGUCUUUAGCUCCGAAUGCCCAAAACGCACUGACUUUGUCCCUCACUUCUACGUCGAGUGAGAGUGAGCAGGUAUCAUUAGAAGAUUUCUUAGAAUCAUGUAGAGCACCCGCGUUACUCACGGAGCUAGAGGAUGACGACGAGGGUGACGACCCACUCGACAGUGAUAAAGAAAACGAGCCAACUUACCAGGAAGUAGUGUCUCGCAACCUGCUGUCGCUGAUGGAGGAGGAGGCGCUGGAGGCGGUGCGGGGCGCGGGCGGCGCGGUGGCGUGCGCGUCGCGCUCGCGCAAGCCCUGGGAGGACGACUUCGUGCUCAAGCGGCAGUUCUCCGCGCUCAUCCCCGCCUUUGACCCGCGCCCGGGCCGCGCCAACCUCAACCAGACCGUCGAUCUCAACAUAUCGCUGACCGACGAGGCCGAGGGCGAGGGCGCGGCGGCCACGACGAGCGGCGCGGCCGAGCGCGGCAGCCUCACGCCGCCGCCCGCCAGCAAGCUGCCCGCGCUGCGCCUCGUGCUGAGCGCGGCCGGCGUGUCGCUCCCUCUCGAGCGCCCGUCCUGGACCGUCUACCGGGCCGUGUUGGCGCUCAACUCCCGACUGCCGCAUGAUGUCCACAGAGAUACCACCUACACGCUGUCAUAUAAAGAAGUUGAGGGUAAUGAAACGUUCGCGUGUUCGAGUGAUAGUGAAGACGAUGAACCAGGGGAUCCAGAGCGCGGCGUGGCGGGCGCAUCCGGCGCGGAGGGCGCCAUGCUGUCGUGCUGCGUGCGCACGCUGCGGCGCCUGCGAGCGGCCGCUCCCGGCCUGCCCGCGCACGCCUUCCUGUCCACCAAGCUUACCAAUAAGCUGCACCACCAGCUGCAAGACCCGCUCUCGCUGGCAGCCGCCGCCACCCCUCGUUGGUGCCAGCAGUUGAUAGAUUGGUGCCCGUUCCUGUUCCCGCUCGAGACGAGGCAAAUGUUCUUUGCGUGCACGGCAUUCGGCACCUCACGAACUAUCGUGUGGUUACAAGCACAACGGGAUCGUGCGUUAGAUAGACAGAGAACGGGCAACACAGUGUCACCGAGGCGUGCCGAUUUGGAGGCGACCGAAUUUCGCAUGGGACGUCUAAGGCACGAGCGCGUGCGAAUACCGAGACAUCCCAAUCUGUUGCGCUCAGCCAUGCAGGUGAUGCGCGUGCACGCGGGACGCAAGUCCGUGCUGGAGGUAGAGUUCGCGGACGAGGAGGGCACCGGGCUGGGCCCCACGCUGGAGUUCUACGCGCUGGUGGCGGCCGAGCUGCAGCGCGCCGACCUGCACAUGUGGCUGUGCGACGCGCCCGCACACCACGACGACUUCAGCCCGCUGCCGCUCACGCUGCCCGACGAAAAACCCGCGGGAUACUAUGUAAUGCGGGCGAGUGGCUUGUUCCCCGCGCCGCUCCCGCAAGAGUCUUCUAUCUGUGAUAAAGUUUGCAAAUAUUUCUGGUUCCUAGGGGUAUUUUUAGCUAAGGUUUUACAAGACGGGCGAUUAGUUGAUCUUCCUCUAUCUGAGCCUUUCUUACGUAUAAUGUGUGGGGAGGAGUUGACGUACGACGACUUGAAGGAAAUCGAUCCUAUAAGACACAAGUUCCUCGAGAGCGUAUUGGAGGCGGCAAACCAGUAUGACUCAAUACUACGAGAUACCACGCUUUCGGAGACGGAACGGGAGACUCGCGUAGCGGCAUUAAUGGUGGACGGUGCAACAUUCGAUGAGCUAGCGCUCACUAUGACGCACGUCGGCUCUAGUACGGCACCAGAACUCGCCGUGCAUCCUUUAUGUGAUGGCGGGGAGCAUAUUGAGGUGGGCGCGGCGACGGCGCGCUCGUACGCGGAGGCGAGCGCGCGCUGGAUGGUGUCGGCGGGCGUGGCGCGCCAGACGGCCGCGUUCCGGCGCGGCUUCGCGGCCGUGUUCCCGCCGCGCCGCCUGCGCGCCUUCUCGUCCGCCGAGCUGCGCCUGCUGCUGUGCGGCGAGCGCGGGCCCGCCUGGACGCGCGAGCACCUGCUGCAGUACACCGAGCCCAAGCUCGGCUACACGCGCGAUAGCCCCGGUUUUCUGAGGCUGGUGGACGUGCUGGUGGAGAUGUCGUGGCGCGAGCGCAAGGCGUUCCUGCAGUUCGCGACGGGCUGUAGUAGCCUGCCUCCCGGCGGACUCGCCAAUCUACACCCACGACUCACUGUCGUGAGAAAGGUCGAUGCCGGUGACGGUUCUUAUCCAUCAGUGAACACGUGCGUACAUUACUUGAAGCUGCCAGAAUACUCAUGUAAAGAAGUACUACGCGAGAGGCUGCUUGCUGCCACAAAUGAGCGAGGUUUUCAUCUCAAUUAGAUCCGGUUACGAUUUUACUGUUUUCAUAAAUUAAUAAAUAUAUAACACGAUAUGCCGCUUUCGUAACUGUAGUUCGGCACUACUUUAAUAUUAAUUGAUAUUGUGCACGUUGUAAUGCUUAUUUCAUACACAGUAGGUGAUUAUAACUGUUGAGAAUUUGUAUAUGAUUAUUGAUGAUUUGUUGUUUCUGAUUAUUCAUUAAAUAAUAUGUUAUAUGUAGCUACUAUCUCAUUUAUAUAUAAGAAGUAUACGCAAUAAUUUCACAGAAAUCGGUUUUAUUGAACAAUAUUCAAAUGUAAACUUGUAGGAACAUGAAAGAGGCUUCCCUAUUCAAGCAACUCCGUGUGAUCUCGUCAUUGUUUAAAUGAAACAAUAUACUGACUAAACAAAUUUUUUUGAAGGAUUUUAUACAGAAAAAAAAUCAAAUAUAAAAAUAUCUUUAUAGUUUAUAAGUUUAAAUAAUUCUUGAUUUCAGCUAUUAUGAAAUUUAACUUUAAAUAAUAAAGACAGCGAAAAAUGUUAUCGAGAUGUCAAAAAGUUUAUUUAUAUUUUGAAUUUUAUGAAAUAGGUCAGGCGAAGUUCGUAUGAUUAUAUAAAUGGUUGGCUUAUCGAUCAGGAACUAGGCUCCGUUUAGUUAUAACAAUAACUAUUAGUCCAUUUUUCUAAACAUAGUUUGUUUACUGUACGGUCCUAUGUUUUAUUUUCAUUUAUUUAUUUAAAAAAAAUCUUUCCAAUACCAACAAGAUUAAAUACUAAAUAUAUUAUUAUUAUGCAAAGAGAACUAUCUAUAUUAUGUUGCAACUUUUGGACUGAAAUAUUAAUUGGUGAAAAUUAUUUUUAUAGUGUGUAACACUUGUUUAUUGUGUGAAAUGAUUAGUAUGUGUUCCUUUAAUUAAACAUUUUUUGUCAACUUAAAGUUGGUAUUGUGAUUUAUGAAAUAAAAUAUAUGAAUAAAAAUAUAUUUAAUUUGA